GCAUUCAACCUGUGAAACCCAUCUUACUUCUUUUAUUUUCCUUUUCUUCUGAUUAUCGAAGGCGCACACAGAGCUCAUGGCGGCCCCCGCUCGCACCACCGCCGCCUCCCCCGCGCAGCUCGGUGAGGCGGCCUUCGACAGCAACGUGAAAGUCAGCGCUGAGUUCUUUGCGCUCACCUACGGCGCCCUCGUCCAGCAAAUGGCGGAAGAGCUCUCGCAGGAGGACGAUGUGGAACUGGUGAAUCAACAGCUCUAUAACAUGGGGCACCGCAUCGGGGCUCGCCUGAUUGAGGAGUACAGCGUGCGCAGCGGGGCGGCGCCGUGCCGCAGCUUCACGCAAGCCGCGGAGGGCGUCGCGCUUGUGGGGCUGCGCAUGUUCUUAGGCGUGAGUGCGGAGCUGACGCAGGUGAAGGACUCGGCGGACACCUUUGCCAUCAGCUUCCACGACAACCCACUCGCGCUGUUUGUAGAGUUGCCGGACGGCACGCUGAAGGAGCACCUGUGGUACUCGAAUCUGCUGUGCGGGGUCAUCACCGGCGCGCUGAGCUUAGUCGGCUUCCAGGCCGAGGCCCGGUUCUCGCGGGACAAGCUGCGCGGUGAUGCGAAGAACGAGAUUGUCCUGCACUUUAAGGGCCGCGAGCGGGAGACCUUUCAGGUGGAGCGCAGCUGA